GGAACACGUUUUUGUUCGUCAAUCCUAGGGCGAGGUGGUGACCCUUAUGCCGGCUCCUCCCCUCAUAUGCAAACCAUGAUUCGAGUGGCGAGACGCCGGGGAGCGUCGCUCGACAGGAGUGCUGAGAGGGUGCGAGGAAUAGCACUUGGGAGACUUGAAUGGGGACAGCUAGUUACCUUUGAAGCCUGACUAGCGGAAGAGGGAGGAUGGGCGGUAGGGUGAGAUUGUGCUGUUACUGCCUUUUUACGCUCAGAAUCCAGUUACACGCACUGCAGUACAGUGGCUGACCUAUCGUGCCAUUCGACGGUGGCCCGCUGCCCUGCCUAUGGUCUGGAUAUAUCCGCAUUGGAAUGUCUAUACUGAAUGUGUAAUAAUGUCAUGGAAGCCAAAGAUAUCCUUUUAUUUCACAUGCACCGCUCACUACCGGGCCUCCCCGUAGUAUGAUGGUUUCUCGUGUUUGCAUUUGUGCGGGCAUUGAGGCGGGAGGCCCCCCCGUGCCGGUAGUGUUGCUACUUUCUACCGUACCGUGCGCACCCUGUGUACUCGUGCUAGUUAGUUACAUACUGGCCAACCCACGGGAUCACACUGAGACCCUCUGGUCAGUCUCGCCAGCCCGAGUCAGCCCCAAUAUUGCCCAAAGGGAAGGGGAAUUGCGGUGUUUUUACGUGCGGUGUAUAUAUAACUCGCUUUCUCCCAGCCUUUUUACCCUCCUUUUUUUCGCUACCCUUAGGGUUGGUAUCUCAGGGUUUGUCUGCUCCACUUGAAUUCCUCUCCUCUCCUCCUUCUCCUCCUUCUCCUUCUCCUUUCACUUCUGCUUCUGUUGGGUUUACUUUUGUUGGACGCCGGUCAUCCCUUCUCCUCCCUCGAAACUUGCGGUACGACAGUUUGUUUACAGCUUGAGCCUCAAUCCCCCUCUCUACCCUUCCCGUAAUAAUGUCCCACCCGUUCAGUCCGCAAGCCCCACCCCCGGUAAAUUGGUACUCGCAUCCUCACUUCAACGCUCUCAAGGAUCAUUUCACAGGGAACCUACAUCAUCAUUCGCAUCCGGAACCUCUGCGGAUAUAGUGAGUGAGCUUCUUGAUCUAGAAUUCUUCCUUUUACCAGCAAUGACUCCUUUCCCUUCCCCUCCAUCCUUCCUUCAAUUUUCUUACCCCCUUUCGUGUGCUGCACGGCCCUCGGCGGUGGUGAUAACUAAUUGGUGAGAUGUUGGUGGUACUGUAGUGCCAAUGGCGUGUAUUAUCCCAACUGGAGGAUCUAUAAGAAUGAGCCUCCAAGUUCUUUGAAGUUGGGAUUGAUAUCUCACGUGUUCUAUUCUUUUGCGUGGGUGAAGCCGGAUGGAACUGUCUAUGUGCGUGCGAACAAUUUUUUCACCCUCCUCCCUGUUAUUCUCCUCAGUGUUUGCUCGUUUGCUGACACCGGAUGCGGUGUAGAUGAGUGAUGAGUGGGCAGAUUCACAGAUUGACGUUGACGGUACGAAGGGUUGCCUGAGGUCUUUUCAGAAUUUGAAGGCGAAGCACAGUCACUUGAAAGUGGUGUUGUCAGUUGGCGGCGGCGGAAAGGGCAGUGACAACUUUGCCGCUGUGGCUGCAAAUCAUGCUUCCAGGGAGAGAUUUGCCCAUACGGCCCGGGAACUAGUCAACGAAUUCGGACUUGAUGGAAUAGAUAGUAAUAUCACCCCUCCACUACCUCCUCCACCCCUUUCUCCAUUCAUCCAACUCUCUACCAACAUCUGAUUUUACCCUGCAAGAACUGACAGGAGCCCCUGCGAUAAAUUAGUCGACUGGGAACAUCCAUCCGAUCGUAGUCAGGGAGCCGACUACAUUGCACUUCUCGCUUCCAUUAGGCGACAGCUCCCUUCCCCACAUUAUGUCCUCACAUCUGCUCUACCGGCGGGCGAGUGGGCGCUGCGGAAUAUCGACCUCUGCAAUGCACAUCAGUACCUGGAUUACAUCAAUCUAAUGACGUACGACUUUUCGGGACCCUGGGUUCCUCAAUCGGGCCAUCACGCCCAACUCUUUUCUCCCCGUCGGCCCCACAACGACGCGGCACGCCUCUCCGCCGACUCUGCCGUCUCCUACGUCAUGUCCAAGUCCGUCCCAUCCUCGAAGAUUCUCCUCGGCAUACCAGCAUACGGGAGGAGCUUCAUGGGCUGCCACAAGCCCGGACAGAAGUACUCUGGCAGUGCUGGCGAGGAGGGGACAUUCGAGUAUAAGGACCUGCCCAGGCCUGGAGCUAUAGAGCACUUUGACAAGGAAUUGGGAGCUGCAUGGUGUAUUGGUGGUGAUGGCGGGUGGGUCAGUUACGAUAAUCCCGCUACUGUCGAGAUUAAGGCGGAAUAUGCGAAGAACCACAGACUUGGCGGAGUCUUCUUCUGGACCGGAACGGCGGAUGGAGAGGGGCGUAGGAGUCUCGUCGAAGCGAGCUUCAGCAGGCUUCACACGCAGUAGCAAAGCAGCCGGCGCUACUAGCAUCAUGAGUGGAAACGUGGCGUUAUUCUUUUCUUCUUUUCUUUUGCUUACAAGUACUUUUCUGUAUCGUUCAUCUCACAUUUCUUUGCUUGCUUGCUUGUUCUGAAAAUUUCCCUGAUUCCCCCAAGCCAAACCAAACCAGACCUCAUUUCUU